AUGACAUCCUAUUAUCAUUUCGAACAUCCUAUCGCAGAUGAUCCUCUCAAUAUCACAUAUCAGAAUCCUGCAAUAGCAACGAAGCUCCAAGCUCACCAAAUGGCAGACGACGACGACGAUGAUAGUAUUAUCCAUUAUCCGAUCGACACUUCCGGCGCAUCUUACUAUCAAAUAAUGGACUUUAGUCAUGAUCCAUUCCAGGAGAAAACAACAAACGGUCCUUAUGAUUAUCAUGACUACUUUGAUUCAACCAGCGAGUCGACCCUAUCCCUCGAGCAAGCAGACGACGACGACGAACGUGUAUAUUAUGAAAAGGACGACGGACUACUGGAUCAGGAACAACAACACGAUAUUGAAUCGCUAAAUGACCAUCAAGCUACAACAACUACUUUUAAAACAAUGCCUUUGGAAUGCCGAUCCAUGGUUCGAUGGGUUUACUGUGAAUGGCUUGGCUUCUGCAUCACGCUCCUGAUCAACUUUUCAGCUUGUCUUUCUUUGGCGUUUUAUCGACCACCGUUACUCUUCAAUAACAGCGUACAGCUCUCCUUGGGUCUUGCAGCUAUUGAAGGAAUAAUGUGCGCUAUUACCAGCUAUUUCCUGUGGCAGCGACCUGCAAGUAAUGCAUAUAUGACAAAUGAUGCCAUGCACUACAGAACUGGAAGUGCAGGUGUCGUGCUACUAUUGGCUCUGUUCUCAGAAGGCGGCUCUAUUGUCUCGACAGUUCUGACAUUUCUGGCGUCCAUGUUUGUAUUAUUUGGAAUGUGA